AUGAAGAUCCAAAGGCUAUUUAUCUAUCCGGUCAAAUCGCUCCUCCCUAUUGAGGUGCAAAUCGCAGAGAUUACGAGUGAAGGGUUUCGAUUUGACCGGCAGUAUAUUGUGGUCAGGGAUCCGCGAUGCCAUCCGACAAUCAGGCCGCAGCUGGCCGAGCACCUCACCAUCAAACGGGUGUACAAACUGGCCCUCUUCCAGCCGUCAAUCAACGAUGAUUGGUCCGAGCUGACUAUCAAGCACACGCUGGCUCAACCAGAGUCUUCAAUUACUCUCCCACUCACGCCUUCACCGCUAUCAUGUCUGGACGCGCAGACGUAUCAAGUGAGCAUUUUCGGCACUGAGGCUUCAUGCGUAGACAUGGGAGAUGGCCCGGCGGAGUUCUUCAGCAAGCACCUCGACAUCCCCGCGAGGCUACUCUUCAUCUCUGGCUCAGGCAGUCGGGAAAUCCCUGGAGCAGCGUAUAUACCCAAACACCGCCUGCCGCUGACAAUACGGGCGGCCGGCGAGCAUUUCCAACCGCAGCGGAUCCGCUUCGCCGACGCGGCCCCAUUCCUAGUCACAUCUACGGCGUCUGAGGAGGACGUCCGGGCUCGGCUACCAAGAGACAGCCAACGAGAGGACGUUUUGCUUCGCUUCCGCACCAACAUCCACGUCGACGUGGGAUCUACCGCCCCGUUCGAUGAGGAUAGUUGGAGAGAGCUUACUGUGUUUUCGGAAGACACAACUACACCAAAGGCAGUCGUUCGCUGUGUCUUCAAAGCCCCUCGCUGCUUGAGUGUCAACGUAGACAUUGAGAGAGGGACAGGUUCUCCACGAAACAGACAGGUCUAUGGCUUGAUAGCUAAAGAUAGACGCAUUAACAAGGCCUAUCCUCUCAAGCCAGUCUUUGGGAAUUGGUCUUUUGCGGGCCCAAACGGAGCUCUGCUUAGAGUCGGUGAUGAAAUACGUGUCACUGAGAGAGGAUUAAGCGAUAACCUGAAGGAACAGGUCGCUCGGAUCUAG